AUGUUUGUUGUACUUGAAGGCAAAAUGGUUGUGGUUGAUGGCUGGAUUGUCGAUUUGGAAGAGCACAAGCUAGUGAAGCCAUCCAGGGCCUGCCGCAAGAAAAGCAAGGAGCAUGUCACGAAGCUCAAUUCAGUACCUUUGGUAAACUGGGAGACUCUUUACGACGAGAAAUGUGCACUGAAAAAUAUUAGUAACGAUGAACUGUUUAAGCUCAUCAAGUGCGAAAAGUACGAGUUUGCCGAAAUGGAAGACUCAAGCACCCAAUUUGUCAAUAAGAGUUUUAAGACUGUUAACAAAGGUAAAUAUUCAAGGACCUACUUCUGUAACUGUCAUUGUAUCUGUAUUGGCAACAGGCGUAACAUCUAUUUGCAGAAUGUUCCGUCCAGCUCUAAUUUAACCCCGAAUACUGACAUGCUCGAUUUACCAAUUAAGAAUGACGACUUGCUAAUCGAACACAAACUUGCAAUUCAAGAAUUUCUGUUCGACGAGAAUGACGUUGAGAUUUUACAGCAUUAUAAUACCGUGGGGGAGUCAUUCAAGAACAUAGGAGAAAAUUACCUUACUUUUGAUUAUAAAAAGGCCGUAAACUUGGAUCUAGCUAUUUGA